CCCGGCCAAUGGGAGCGGGCGGUGUUGGGGUGUGUGGAAGCGGGAGGACUGUGGGGCUGCUCAGGAUCGUGAGGGGCGUUCGGCCCCAGCCCGUUCCUGGGAACCUCGAGUGCCCGCAUGGGCCGGGUCUGCCUCCGCUGAGUUCCCCCCCCGGGUGCCCUCCGUGCUCCGCUCCGGUUUUGCUGAUUUCUCGGUGUCCUCAAAGGUGCAGCUUGCUGAGCCCCCGGUGCCCGCAGGACGCAGCUCCGGCCCCGCUGAGCCCCCGGUGCCGGGCAUGGGGCUGCUGACCCAGCUGGCCCGCGGACUGGUGCGCGGCGCCGACCGCAUGUCGCCGUUCACCAGCAAGCGCGGCCCCCGGAGCUACAACAAGGGCCGUGGCGCCAAGAAGCUGGGCGUGCUCACCCGCAACAGGAAAUUCAUCCUSGUCAAGGAGAUGGUGCCCGAGUUCGUCGUGCCCGACCUGACGGGCUUCAAGCUGCGGCCCUACGUGUCGUACCGCGCCCCCGAGGGCUCCGAGCCGCCCAUGACGGCCAAGCAGCUCUUCGACGAGCUGGUGGCUCCGCGCAUCGAGAAGGACGUGAAGGACGGCACCUUCGACCCCAACAACCUGCAGAAGUACGGCUUCGAGCCCACGCAGGAGGGCAAGCUCUUCCAGCUCUUCCCCAAGAACUACGUGCGGUAGGGAGUGGGCAGCGGAAGAGCAUCGCGGGUUUGCCACCACCSGCCAGCACGGGACAGCUUCUGUCACUGAACAUUAAAGCACAUCCUUCUACUUGUCCUUAUGUUAUAUAUGAUUUAAACCCCGGGGGAAAUCCGCGGUUUGAUUUCCUAUCCUGGGUAAUCCAUCUGUGAAACAGUUGUGCCUGGAGAACACGGCCCUCUGGGGGUUCUAAGGGUGAGAGGUCCGUGAGGUUUCUAAAUACAAAGCUGCUGCCAAGUAUUAAGAAUUAAACUUUAAUAAUUAAAUCGAGGCUGAAAACGUUCAUUUUGGGAGAAAGGAAGCAUGUUUAGUGUAUGGUCUGUGGGCACUCCGUCUCUAGUAAGGGCUGAUAGAUGAGGCCUUACGGUGGUGGUUAGAAGCUGCACAUUUUUGGGGCUGUGAUGGARUGGGGAUGCUGCAGCCCCAAAUCACAGGACAAGUUGUGAGCAGGGAUCAGCCUGCUUGGAGGGAGGUAAGGCACAGCUUUUCAWACUGAACUSUGCAUUUKUCACUUCUGUGAAGCUGAUCAGAACAAGUUACAAGUGGKUGUUUCUGCCUUCAGCUCUGGAUGCCGCUGCUGCUGGCAGAGGUGUCCCCUCAGCCCUUCCCUUGUGUGACUUUCUGCCCAGUCAGGACACUGCACGUGGCUGGAGGAGGGCAGAGGAUGGGGAUUGCAGGGCUGGAGAGCAGCAGCUCCUGUGCCCUCUGAUGCCAAUUCCAGCUUGGAAUUUUUACAGUUCUUACACCUCAUGUAAGGCAGAUAAUAACUGUGUCUCCCCUUCUCUGAGCAAAGCCAAAAUGGCCCAAACCCUUAAGCCAUGUUGGUCCCAGUCAGCGACACAGAUGCAGCUGCAGCUUCACUGCCCUCGGGCUGUUCCCUCUCGAUCUCACAGGGCAAUAAAAAGCAUUACAACCUUUAAAACAGAGUCAUCGCCAGUUACAGAGACACACCCUCGGUUUUCCCAGGRAACUGGAUUGUCCACUCUGACUCUAAAAUAUUAACCCCCUGAAGCCUGAGCCAUCCCAGUUCAGAGGGUCCUCRUGAGGACUACCUGYCAWGUCCUUUGAUUUUCAAAACUCCAAACAACCAAAAAAAGAUAAAUCAYUUAUAUU